CAUUAACAGUAAGAAUAACUCCCAGAGGCCUAUGGGAAAUUAACAUUACAAAAAAGUGAGGGGUAUUAAUUUUUGACUAGAAAAUUAAAAGAAGAAUAAUAAUUGUAAUAGUGACGAAUUAAUUUUCUUAAGUUGUAAAGAGAUACGGUCAAAACAAAUAGAUUUAUGUUUAAUGUAUGUUACAAGUGUUUAAUUUAAAUCGAAUUGUGACUACAACUUCCGGUCCUCCACAAAUGAUAGAAUCAACUUCCGGUACUACAUCUAUGAGGCCUGGGUUAGCAAUCGUUAGUAGCAGCAGUUAUAAUAUUCAGGGAAUGAAAUCACCUGUCAGCGGUAAAUGCUUUUUCAAAAAUCAGACUUUCAACUUAGGGGACCAUUGGCAAGACACGUGUAGAUAUGAUUGUCGCUGUAUCGAAACAAGUUCAAAUACUGCACAGUGUCAAGACGUUUGCCCUCAUUACUCAAGUUUGCCACCAUCAUGUACGAUCAGACAGAAAUCGGGUGACUGUUGUCCGAAACUAGACUGUGGCAAUGAGACUGAUAUAACAUAUAAUCCUGGUCAUGUUAACACAACAGCAAUCAUAAAUGCCAGUGGCUGCCAGGACAAGAUUCCCGGAUGUGAAUAUUAUGAGGACGUUGUUUGUAGAGGAAUUUACGAGCCCUGGGCACGUGAUCAUUGUUCGCUUAGGUGCGGAUACUGUGGACAUUCUGCGCCAUGUGUUGACAAUUUGACGUACUGUGACGCUUACGAAUUAAGAACUGCCUGUCGAGACUUCCCUGGUUGGGCAAAGAUGUUUUGUAAGAAAUCAUGCGGUAUAUGUAGCUAACUAAAUAAAAACGAAAAUAAAAACGACAUAAA